UAAAUGCCGCAUUUUUCCUGAGAAAUUCAAAUCCCUCUGUUUAUAAGCAAUACGGAAAACCAAACAUUUCUGGAAACUGAUGCUGCACUUCAAAUUCUCCAUGGUCAGGAUUUUCAUAUAAAAAGGCACAGGUUUGUAUCAAAAUGUAUCACUAACAUUCACCCUUUGAUAUCAACAAUUUCUAAUUCCUGUAAACCUUCAAAAUCACUAAAAAAUGAAGCUUUUCAUUUUCAUCGCCAUAAUUGCGACUGUAUCUGCAACCCCAGUGGACGAAAAAGAAGGGGGCAGCAACAUCGGGGAACCUUUGUACCAAACGACCGAUUACCUCUACGUCAAUGACGAUUUCAACUCCAUCCAGCAAUCCGGACUUUGUCUGGCGGAAACUAAUUCUGCACGGGCAAGAAACGGCAAGGGGCCACUCGCUUGGGAUGGCAGGUUGGAAUCAGCGGCUCGAAACCACAACAAUGUGAUGGUGGCACAGAAUUGUUUUAGUCAUCAAUGUCCUGGAGAGCCAAAUUUGGGAACCAGGGUCAGCCAAGUCGGGUAUACUUGGACCAGUCUUGGGGAAAAUAUUGCCAGCGGUUAUCCAGAUUGCAAUGCCGUGGUGAAUGGUUGGAUGAACUCGGCCGGUCACAGAGAAAACAUUCUGAGAGAUUAUUUGCAAGUCGGGUGUCACAGGGCUAAUCAGUACUGGACUUGCGUUUAUGGCCGAGGGCGUUAAUUGAUGAGAAAUUGAUUUGAUGGGCCGACUUGUACAAUGAACUGUUACAUAAUUACUAAUUCGAUCAUUUCUGUUUAAUAAAGUUAGUAGGAGAUUAAUCUAAAAUAUGUAUUAUGCAUUUUUGAAUGAUUUAUUGGCACAAUUACUAUUCACAUUUUGAUGACGAACUACCAGAAUGGAUGUGGAUUUGGAGAGUUUGGAGGAAUGUCGGUAGAAUUUUGCAUGGCAUCCCAAUGCUCGGCAAUUUUACCGUCGCAUCCAAUCCUAAAAAAGUCUCCUGUUGCAUAAAUAGUUCCCAAAAA